UUCUCCAGCUCUCCACACUCCCUGCCUGGGUGAUAAAUAGAUUUCUUAGAGGGCAGGGGGCACCUACAGUGCUGGUCAUGGCUUGGCCAUAGUGGGAUUGUUUGGUUUUGUUGCUUGUCUUGUACUAAUAGAGGUUUUAGGGACUUCUCUCUCUUCUGUGGUGGUUGGGUGUGAUGGUGAGAGAACUCCUUGGACAGAGCUGCUGAUUCCAAGUGUCUCCCUCAAACCUUGGCACUGCAGUUGCAACAUCUACCAUCAUCACUUGGAAAAAAACAAGACAAUCAAGGCACUGUAUAGAAGACAAUGGGGAAACUCAAAAGUAUCAUUCUUCUGUGCCUUGGCUUUCUUCUAGUCCAUGUAAGAGGUCAACGUGAUUUUGAUUUAGCUGAUGCUCUUGAUCACCCAGAUGACAUAAUUACCAGGAAGCCUACAGUGAUCAGAAGACCGACAAGGCCUAUGCUGAACAAUGAUCUGCACUUAGGAGGUGCUCUUGGUGGGGGUGACAUCUCAAGAAAACCUUUAUACCCACCUCUUCCACCACGACCAGGAAGCCAUGGUAUUUCUGGAGGUUUUGAUGACUCAGAUCUCUUUGAUGGGAAGCCUUUACCACCACACAUAACAGGAGAAGAGGAGCAGAAUUUCAAUCGUGGAGGAAACACAGAUUCAGGAUUAAUAGCUGGAGUUACAUCUCCUAUAAUUUCUGCUUUUGUAAUCCUGGUUGUUGGAUCCAUAGCAGCCUACUCUGCUUACAAGAACAAGAAACUGUGUUUCAAACCACAGGGUGGGGCUACAGUAUAAAUCACUGGAAGAAGAGUCGCCUUCUGAUCACAGUCUCCUUUGAUGGGUGACAUUUGGCCCACAGAUCUGACAGUGUUUUUCUACUUUCUCAUACUGACAAAAGGAAAUCUUCCUCUAAUGAACGUUUUGAUGAGACCCUGCAGUCCUGCUCCCUUUCAUCUGACAUCCCUCUUGCACCCUGAGCUUUAUGUCACCAAAGACAUGCUUAAAACAUCCAGGGAUUCUAUUGAGCUGUCCAACCUGCAUUUUGAUUCAGAAGUUAUUUCAAGCAACAAAGAAAUCAAGUUUAAUAUAAGCUAAAAAUGGAAAUAUUUUGGUUUGGGAGCAUUUGAGUCACUGAACAGUUUUUUUUCCCUGAUUUUUAAAAUUACCCAAAAUACUUAAUACUUCAGACAGAAUAGGAAUAAGGAAGUUGACAUUUCCAUUAAUACAUGUUGAGUUUCAUUAGUAUAUUUAGUGUAUAGAUGCCCACUCUUCCCCCUAUUUGGAAGUGUUCAGGGACAGGUUGGAUGGGGCUUUGAGCAACCUGGUCUAGUGAAAGAUGUCCCUGCCCAUGGCAGGGGGAUUGUAACUAGAUGAACUUGAGGGUCCCUUCUAACCCAAACCAUUUUAUCAUUCAUCUGAUUCUAUGAUAUUUCUGUAUUUUCUAUAAUGUUUAAGUAAAACUGUAAGUUGUAUAAAGGAUUAAAAAUUUGAGUGCAUUUCCUUUAUGUCUGAAUCUUAGCAAAGUGAAAGGGGUUAUAGGUGGAAAAUUAAUUCUUAAUUUUAAAAUUUUGCAUGAAAAGAACAUGUAAAUUGAUAAAUCACUGUUAAAAAUAAAAAAUGAGAGGAACAAUUGCUGAUUUUAUUUAUUUAUUAAUUUAUUUAUUACUGAAAUUAUGUUUAGAUUCUCUCAGGAACUGGAAUCUGAUGUAAAUUUUGUUUCUCUUCUUGAAAACUUAGACCUUGCCCUAGGAGCCUUCAAAAGCAUUAAUCUGCCAUGGUUUGUUUGUUUGUUUAAGAAAGAACCAUAUUAUUAAUAAUUUCUGUAAAGGAGAAAUAGGUACAAAGUUUUCUGAAUCAUUUAGAAUGAGUCUGUGACACUUUGUUCUAUCAAAUCUAUGUCACACCAACUUUUAAACUUCAUACAUAUAUGCAAGUAUGGUUGUGAUGGUUUUGCCAGCAAGGCUGUUUCAUCUUUUUCCUUUGCUCUUGACCAGCCUUGCUGUGUUAACAAAUGUCCUUAUGUAGACAAAUCUAUCAACAAAAACUAACACUUUUCCAGUCUCUGUGCCUUAAUUUCACUAACUGAUUCAAAAUACUAUCAAAUGAAUGACAUACACAUGAAAGCUGACCAAACUAGUAGUUCACUGAUGUAAUUCUGCAAUACAGGCAUUUUAGAAAACUCUUCAAAGCAUGGAGGGAGUCUGUGUGUUUAUAUCUCCAUUUUAUAUGUGUAGGAUGCUUUUUCUGACAGAAAUUCCAUUUAGAUGGAGGUAAGCACGAUUUUGUGUUUAUUAAAUUAUUGAAAGACAUCAUCUGAAAAAGUACUCUUCUCAUAAAGUCAAAUACCAUCUUAUUUAAAGUAUGCAUGAAAUGGAUAUAUAACAGUUACUGAGGAUAUUGCCAUAAUCUUAAUUUGAUCCUGAAAGUAAGAAAUUCUAAUGUACAUCAGUUUAAAUACAGAAGCAUUUUGACAACACAAAAACCAAACGAGGAACUUUGUGACUAUCACUUUAAAUUUGUGAAUGAGAACAUCUUUUUAAUGGGUUUUCAUGGACACUUGAUAUUUCUUUAAAAAUACAAAUUUUGAAUGUUAAAAGUUAAAACAGAUUAUUGUGUAUUUUGUUGGGUGGACAUAAAGUUUUAAUGAAAAGUUAGUGUUGCCAAGUUAGUUAUUAACAAUGAAAGUACGUAUUUUACUUCUUUCUCUUGAGAAUUCUCAAUAAACACAUACUGUGUUUUA